CUAUGAUUUUAGUUUUUGUUAUUUUAUUUUAUUUUUUCACUUUUGGUUCGGGGAUUCUUUAUCAUUUGUCUAGCACUUCUCUCGACUGUAAUUAAAUAACAAGCGCUGACUGCCCAAAAAUGGUUUCGGACCGGUUGAGAUUGUCGCCGGGGGCUGAUUUCUGCCCGAGUUGUUUUCUAUUCCCAUACACUUACAAUCAAGAAAGUAAAAGAUUAGCACAAUACUCAUACCCAAUGAAUGAAACCCCCACCCCCUAAAAGGACUUUUGAAUAGCUGAAUGUGAAGGCAAAGAAGAACUAAACCAUUUUUUUUUGCUCGGGUGUUGAGUGUAGAAGCAUAGAUUUGACAUUCAAUCCCAAGAUCUUGGCGACAGAGUCCAAAAACUUUAAUACUAAAAUGGCUGGCACCCAUAUAGAAGGCCUAAAACUAAUUCAACAAUAUUACCAUACAGGUGAAAAAGAGGGGGCCGCUCACUUUUACCCAUUGUAAGGCAUUUAUCAACUCUUGGAGGAGGGUUGUUACCUUGCACAUUCUACGGGGAAUGGAUGAACCAUGUCAUCUUUGAAUACGUUGGACCAAAAACACUCCCUAAUCAAUAGCAGCUUUGGUCACUCAUGACAUUCACAUUGAAAAAACAUGCCUCUAACGAUGAUGAAUGAAUAAAAGCACCAAAAGUUGCGAUGAUGAAAUCUAAAUUGAAUGAUUGGCUGAUGAAGUUUGAGAAAAAUGCCAUUGUUGAUUGAAUUAUAUGGCCGGAUUUAUAUUAAAAACUCAAGAUUGGUGUCAAUUGGAAUAAAAACACCAAAAGUUGCGAUGAUGAAAUCUAAAUUGAAUGAUUGGCUGAUGAAGUUUGAGACCAAUGCCAUUGUUGAUUGAACUGUAUGGCCAGAUUUAUAUUAAAAGACUAGAGGUUGGUGUUAAUUGGAUUCACUUUAGCAAAAUUGAUUAGUGAGCUGAUAUAAAACUGAUGAGAUUGAGUAGCAUCCGAGCUAGGACUAAUGCCUUAACUGAAUGUAGCUGCACAAACCAUUUGCUGUAUCCUUGAUCAAAUGGCUUGAAUCAUGUAGGAAGUGGUUUUUGGAUUCACUUUAACAAAAUUGAUUAAUGAGUUGAUAUAAAACCGAUGAGAUUGAGUAGCACCCAGAGCUAGGAUUAAUGCCUUAUCUGAAUGUUGCUGCACAAAUACCAGUUGAGCAGGAAUCAUUGUAUCCUUGAUCAAAUGGAUUGAAUCAUGUAGGAAGUGGUUUUCAUAUUUAUAGCAACAUUUAAGCAUAAACUACAAUCUGCUCAUUUGAAUAGAAUUGGAGAUUGAGCGCAAUUGCACUCAUCUGUUUUUUUUCUUUGAUCUAAAUAGAUAUGGCAUUUGAAGAUGGAAGAAGAUGGAGCGCAAUUACACUCAUCUGUUUUUUUCUUUGGUUAGAUCUUGAGAGGAGAGAGAAGGUCCACAAAAAGAGGAAGGAAUUUGAAGAACUUUUCGGAUGCCAACAUUGAAGAUGGAAGAAGGUGGCCGAUCAUCCUUGGAUGAACGGAACUCCUCAAACUUAUUAUCUACCGCGCGUCCAACUCUGUUGGAUUCAAAAGGUAGAUUUUCAUUCAAUCGCAGCAUUUCUCGCAAUUUCAUGAACUCUCCUCUGUUAAUCAGAGAGGGAGGUUUAGUAUCCUUGAAGAAGAUUGUACCAGGUCAGGAAAAGGAAAAUAAAUUAUUUCUGACUUCAACAGUAAGUCAUCCUCAAAUAGAUCGAUUUUUUCACUAAACCUAAUGAUAUGGAAGCUUCUUCUUCGGGUUGCAAAGAUAAUAAUUCUUUGAUGAAUGAUGUUGGUGUUGGUAAUUCUUCAUCUGGAAUGGAUAGUUCUAAUGUGUGGAUUAAAAAACCACAUAUUAAAAUUAAUUUCAAUGAAGUUUUUGAUGGAAAUGAGGAUGUUAAUGUUGUCAAACUUGAUAUGGAAAAUGAAAAAGCCAAUGUUCAAGUUUUGAGAUAUUCAUUGUUGGUAAAAAUUCUAUGUAAGAACUUGCCUUUUUCAAUCUGUUCUCUUGAAUUAAGGAAGCAAUGGACUAAAUUUGGAGGGUUUCAUAUAACCUCUCUUGGUUUGGAUUAGCUUUUGUGUUCUUUUCAAUCAUUUGAAGCAAUGAAGGAAGUUCUUAAUGGAGGACCUUGGUAUGCUGGGGGAUUUAUCAUUGGUUUAGAUAGAUGGUCUCCUAACUUCUCUCCUAUCUCCAUGGAUGGGAUUUCUUCUCCCAUUUGGGUUCGUCUACCUCAUUUGCCUCUACAUUGCUGGGAUGAAACCAAUAUUACUAGAUAGUUUCUAGAAUUGGGACUCCUUUAUUAUUAGAUGGCAGUAUGUUUAUAUGGGAAAGAAGGGAAUUUGCUAGUGCUUGUGUUCGUAUUAAAUUAAAUUCUAAGCUUGUGGCAUUUGGGUUGAAGGACUUAAUGGAAGGUUUUUUCUAAGAUUUGAAUAUGAAAACAUUUCAUCUCUUUGUUUCAAAUGUGGAAGGAUUGGACAUAAAGAAUUAAAGAUUAUAUAUGUCCAAAUGUCCCUAAUUCACUGAAUAUGGUUGAUAAUGAAGUUGCUAAAGGUUCUUUUCAAGUUGAUAAUAACUCUCAUGGGCCUUGGAUGCAUGUAAAGUUUAAAAACAGAAGAAGGCAAAAAACGUUAUUUGAUGAGAAGAAAUUUGAUUUUCUCUCUAAGAGUAAUCAUGUUUAGAUGAAUUCGGGUAGGAAUCUUGAAGUAAUUAAGGAAAAUGUUGCUCAUAUUGUAUAUGAUAAGAUUACAUCAGAUCUUUAAGAUUCCAAUAAAUACAGUGUUCUAUCUCAUGAAGGAAAUGAUAUUAUGGAGGCUGAAUUAGAUUUUGUUAACAAGGUUAACUUGGAGAAAAAUUUAAUUGAAGAAGAUGUUUGCAAGUCUGUUCAAUUUCUGGAUAAUAAGCUGAAGGACAGUUCAAAUGAAUUGAUUGCCGAUCAAGAUGUGUUUAUUCAUAAUUUUGUUCAAAAUUCAGAAAUUGAAGCAACACGAAUUCUGGAGGGAGUUAACGAAGUUGGUAAUGCUGAGUUGGCAUCUGUUGCUGGAAUAACAGAAGUUCAAAAUUCACAAGUUGAACUUGCACGAAUCCUGGAUGGAGAUAAGGAAGUUGUUAAUGCUGAGUCGGCAUCUGCUACUGGAAUAACAGAAGUUCAAAAUUCAAAUUUUGAAUUCAUAGCUGCUCAAAUUCAGGUGAUAGAAGAGGAUGCUGUUGCGGCUAAUUCUGGUUCUGAACCGUAUGUUGAUAUCCCUUCAGCCUAUAACGUGGAAUUUGGUGUAACUGAAGUUCCUUUAGACGGUGCUGGAGAAAAUGUAACUGAAUUUGUUACUCUUCCCUCCGAGGUAAAUUUGAAUUUUAAAAAGGCUGUGUUAGCCAAAGGGAUAACGUCUUCUAUUGAUUAUUCUUCUGCUUCUAAGCACAAACUCUUCAAAGAGCUACAAACAUUAGGACCGGCGGAAGAUUAUCCUCGUAGAAGAAAGGCAAAUCUCAGUUUAAAAAUAAAAAAGAGGGGUUUCUGCCCUUUUGCUCUUUAAUGAUUUCUCAUUCUUAUAUUGGAAACAACAUCACGGAACUUCUCAGGAGAUACUUGAUGAUGCAAAUUAUGAGCAAAGAGUAUCUCAGAUUACUUGUUAUGGAUUAUGGUCUCGACUUUUGGAAGUGGCACCUAAGGAAUCUUUUGGAUGUUUUCUUAGGAGUUUUUUGGUUAUUAGUGAAUACUUGUAAUUUCUUUCUAAAGUUUUUCAGUUUAUAUUGCUUUAUUUUAGCAUCUUAUUUGUUUUCUAAAUUUAUUCUAAUUGAUUAUGUAAUCGAUACUAGGUCUUAUUUUUUAACCGGUUGGGAACUCUGGGAUACUAAUCAACUUUACAUGUUGUUUUUUUAUAUUUGGUAUCCCCUCCACCCCAAGGGUUUUAAAAUAGGAAAUAGUGGGUCUCAUUUCAAUUAUGGUAAGUUUAAUUUAACAAAUAGGCUUUUAAUAAGGUUUCUUUCCCUGUUGGAUCAAGAAACCAUUAGUUUUUUCUUUGGUUCUAGUUUGUACUAGGUUGUUCUUUCUUUCCUUUUUAAUGCAAUAUUGCAUUUCUUCAAAAAAAAAAAAAAAAGAAGAUAUGGCAUUUAUUUUCUUCUUCCCUUUGAAGUGUAAAUUACACUUAUUCUCUUCUUCCAAUCUACUGGUUCACUAAGUGAGGUUUUUCUGCCUUUUUUUUUCCCAAAAUAUAGUUUUAAUUUGUCGUAAUGCACUUCAAAAGAAUUCCAUAUCAUACUUGCACCAGUGCAAAACGAAGCUUAAAAAGGAGAAAUCAUUUUAGUUGGAAUAUAUAUAUUUUUUUAAUUUAUUGCUUUGUAUGAGAAGAUAAAUAUUUUUUUUUUCUUUUGCCUUAUCAUAUGACACUUCUCUUAAAAUUGAGGAUCCUCCUACAUCUUCAACACAAUGCUUAUGAGGGAGGAGAGACGAGUACGUUAUAGGAGGGCAAUGCACAAGAGGAUCGCAGGCUGUCAUCACUUUUUUAUUGCAGACUAAGUUGAGGUGUUUUGAACGAAAUUACACAUGAGUUAUGGUAUGAUGGGAGGUGCAGAGCACGACUCCACUGGUAAUAUGUUUCUUAGUAAACUAAAAUGCUAUAGAAUCUGUCUGCGAGUAUGUUACUACUGAAGAAUUGCAAGACUUCAAGUUGGAAGUUGGCAGCAGGAAGCAUGACUAUUUUCAGCACUACAGGAACUAUAAGUGCAAGUAGAUAUUUAUUCACUUCUAUUUAAUCUCUUGGUUGGCUGCGAGGAGCUUUACUAGUUUAGAAUCAGGAGGUUAGAGAGCUCAUAGAUACAUAUUCCUUGUUGUUUUUGAUGUUGUGAAUGUUUCAUAUGUGUAUUGGAUUUACUUAUAUCCUCAACUAUCUAUUUAAAAUUGCAAUCUUUCUUUAUAUCUGUG